AUGUUUCCAAUUUGGGCAAUAUUGGUAAUCUGGUUUUCAACCAUUGAAGCCAUUUGUAGCUCUGGAAACAGCAUCAAUUUGGAAGAAAGCUACGCAAAAAAAUUAUUAGAAGAUGCAAGGACAGAGAAAGAUUGGUUGGUAUCAAUAAGGAGAAGAAUCCAUGAAAACCCAGAGCUGAGAUUCCAAGAAUACAACACAAGUGCUUUAAUUAGGUCAGAACUUGACAAGCUUGGCGUUUCUUAUGAAUACCCUUUUGCUCAAACUGGCGUUAUUGCAGUCAUUGGGUCUGCUUCUUCACCUGUUGUGGCUCUCCGGGCAGAUAUGGAUGCCCUUCCUAUACAGGAACUUGUAAAUUGGGAGCAUAAGAGCAAAAUUGAUGGAAGAAUGCAUGGUUGUGGACAUGAUGCUCAUACUACAAUGCUCCUUGGUGCAGCUAAAUUGCUGAAUCAAAGGAAGGAUCGCCUCAAGGGAACUAUGAGACUGCUAUUCCAACCUGUUGAAGAAGGGGGUGCAGGUGCAUCUCAUAUGGUACAAGAAGGUUCCCUUGGUGAAUCCAAAGCAAUUUUCGGAAUGCACGUUGAAUUCACGACACCCACAGGGAGCAUAUGUUCUGUCGGGCCUGCUUGUGCAGCAGUGUGCAUCUUCAAAGUCAAAAUUGAAGGACUAGGAGCUCAUGCUGCGGAACCUCAUAACAGUGUCAAUCCAAUAGUGUCAGCUUCAUUCAUUAUUUUGGCACUGCAGCAACUCAUUUCCAGAGAAGCAGAUCCCUUUGCUAGCCAUGUACUGUCUGUUACAUAUGUGAAAGGUGGUACUGCUUUGAACAUAAUUCCUCAGACUGUGGAGUUUGGAGGGACACUUAGGAGUCUUACCACUGACGGCCUGCACUGGCUUCGACAGAGGCUAACAGAGGUGGUCGAGCAAGGAGCAGCCUUACAUAGAGGUCGAGCACAUAUUGACUUCGAUGAAGAAAACAACCCUCCUUACCCUGCAACAAUCAACGAUGACACGUUGCAUCAUCAUGUUGAGGCUAUCGGUGGUGUUCUACUAGGUCGUAAGAAUGUCCGGCCAGGGCAGAAAGUGAUAGAAGGCGAAGAUUUCUCCUUUUACCAAGAAAAGAUACCGGGAAACAUGAUUGGGAUAGGUAUAAGAAAUGAGGGAAUUGGUGCAAUACACUCCCCACAUUCUCCUCACUUCUUCCUUGAUGAGGAUGUUCUUCCUAUCGGAGCAGCUUUACACACCAUUUUAGCAGAGACAUAUCUCAGUCAGCUCCCAAGUUCUGAUAUAGUUUAG